CGGGAGCGCGCGCGGGAGACGACUGCUCCCGGGGCUGAGGCGGCGCCUUCCCCUACCGGCUGCUGCAGGAGCGACAUCUUGCUCGGCAGGAAAGCGCUGGGAGAGCGGGCGAAUCUGGGCUGCUGCGCCACUCGCGCCGAGGACCCGCCGGAGGCGCGCGGCUGGAGGCACAAGAAGGAGGCGACCGCGCGGCGCGGAAGGCGGGCGUUCGGGGCCGGCGCGGGGCACCAUGUCCCCGGGGAGCGGCGUGAAGAGCGAGUACAUGAAGCGCUACCAGGAGCCGCGCUGGGACGAGUACGGGCCGUGCUACCGUGCGCUGCGCCACUACCGCCUGGGUCGCCGGCUGCUGGAGCAGGCGCACGCGCCCUGGCUCUGGGACGACUGGGGCCAGGCCGGCGCCUCGGACGACUCGGCGUCGUCGGCGUCGUCGGGCACCGGGGCCCCCGCGCCCCAGUGCGUCCCUGCCUCGCCGCCGCCGCCCGCGGAGCCUGAGGCGCGCGUAGGGCCGGAGGAGCGGGGCGUGGAGGCCGCGGGGGACGCGGAGACCAGGGACGCCGUGGACGCGGAGGACGCGGCGCCGCCAGCACUGCCAGUGAAAGAUGUAAAAGAGAAACCUGAACGACAGAUCAGGAUGAGAGACCCUGAAAAAUCAGCCAGCGGUCCUGACCCUCAGCAACCACCAGGUGCCUUAGCUGCCCGAGGAAGCAGGAGAGCCAUCAAGAGUCCUCAGAGGUCACCCACUAAGAUAAAAGAACAGAAGCACCCGUUUGCCCUCUACGGGUGGGGAGAGAAACAGACGGACACAGGAAGCCAGAAAACUCACAACGUCUGCGCCUCUGCCCCCGUGCGGGAGAUCCAUGAAUCGGCACUGCGAGCCAAGAGCAGAAGGCAGGUGGAGAAGAGGCGGCUGGCGGCUCAGAGGCAGCGGGCUCACUCUGCUGAUGUGGAGAAAAAUAGGCGGGUCAAGCCUGCCUCCUCAGAGAACCCAUGGAUGACAGAGUAUAUGAGAUGCUACUCUGCCAGAGCUUGAGGGAAGGAACAGUUGCUUGGACAACCUCUUUUUAAAAGUGUAAAUGAAAGAACAAAACAAAAACUACCAAAAGAAACUGGACACAGGUUUAAGAAACCAACUGAUUAUGCAAGGUUUUUCUUGGGGAAUUUCCAAAAGAUUGUCUCUUUUGAUGAAUCCUGGUCACCCGCCUCAGGAGUAGGGUGACAACUGAAGCCAUAGACAUUCGGUUAUUUAUGAGGAGAAUUCCCUAAAUCUUUGAUAUUCUUCUAAGGGUUUUGUUUUAAAGCAUCUUAAUCUUUUAAGAUACUGACACCACAUGCCUUUAAAUGGCUGACAGAUGCUUAACUUCAGUUUCUAGGUUCAGGUUAGGUGAAGCCUGUUUUCCUCCUGUUCUGAACAGCUCCUCAGAUUCCAGAGCUGGCAAGCUCACGCCAGCUUGCCACAGAAGAUUCCUUUUCCUUAUGUGUAGUUUGCUUUGGGAAAGAACAUCAAGUUAAAAGUGAAUUUCAGCACUACUCUUGAUACCAUGUAUAGUGAAAGCAUUGUAGAACAUUGGUAGUUCCUAAACAAUUAAAUGUUUUUUUUUUGCGUUUCAGUUCAAGCACCACUUCAUGUGGACUGUGAUAUUUAAGAACUAUCUGAACUGGAUGAGGGUCAUCCUUUCUCUUUAAAUUGUCAUCUAGGCACUUAUUAAUAGUUUAGUUCAAGUGCAUUCCAAAUGAAAUGUUUAGAAGUAGUACUGAAGUUUCUUUUGAGUCAAAGACUGUCACUUUUUAUUGAGAUUUUUUAAGGACACUUAAUGGGGUACCAGUCACUUGCUGCAAUCUGGCCCUUUUGGCACUCACCCACUGUGGAGUUUUGCCUCUGCUAGAAGAGUUUAGCAAUGAUACUUAGAAUUUAAAAUCUAAAAUUUCACUUAGUAAAUUGACAUUGUCUUACUUACUGGGGAUGGGGGACAGAUUUUAAGCUACCUAUUAGAGAUGUGGAUCACCCCUACUUUUCUCCUCCAUGGAACUUACCAAUAACAAAGCCUUGAUGAUGUACAUUGUUCAGACUUUUGGUUGAAAUACAUUCCUCAUAGGUUCCUAGCUGGUAGGUUUUGUGUAGACGCUAAUGUGAGGGGAUGCUGCUCUGUGUAUGGGCAUAGAUGUGAGCAUUUCAAUGAAGUGUUUCCUUCUCUCCAGGACAUUUGCUUCUGGGGUAGAAAGUGGUUUUGAGAAACAUUUUUUCCAUUUAGCAGAGGUAGGAAUCUACAGUAAGGAUGAAUGCUAAAUUCCUGAUAAGAGAGAAAAAAGUACUUUGCCAGCUUACCAUGUAGAGAUGUAUGAAUGAAAAUUUGGUGUUUGAUGUGCAUUUGAGCAUUUCCUUGAUAUUUUUACUCUGGGUCUUUGAAGUAUUAUGGUUGAUUUCUACAAAGAUGUUUCAUUCCAUAUAAAAUCUUCACACAGUAUCAUCUUACAUAAUCAUAUUAAGCUUUGCAAAUUCAUAUUGAAGAAUCAUGAGCUUUUUAAAAGAACUUAAAAUGUGUGUGUUAUUUUGAGGUGAAUAUAUAGAGAGCUCUCCUAGUCACUACGAUGUAUGUUUAGUAAGAGAAAGGUCUGUGUGUUGUCCAAAAUGUCCUUGCUAGGGAUUCUGGUGAAUCUUGUUGUUAUUAUAGUCCUUAAACACUGCAGGUACCUAAAGAUGAAAUUUCUGUGGUAAUGUGGUGGUGGAAACUUUUCCUUUAAAACCACUUCCUGCAUGUAUAGUUUCAACCACCAGCUCCAGUGUUCUGUUCCCGUUGUAGCUGACAGUCUUAGGAAGUGGGGAGUAGCUCAGGUCCAUGCUGAUGGACUGCCUUAGAAACCCGACCCCUCAGGGUCCUGAGCAAGCCCGACUCUCUCCUUUAAAACACAGACUUGUAUUUAAUAUGCUUAAUUACUACUGCAAACUCCACAUGCAGAUCUGGAAGAACCUAGAAGGUGAUAUUGGCCAGUAUUUUCCCCCUUUUAAGUAGAGGACCAAUGAACAAGGUUUUUUUUAAGUGUUUUUAAUGUGCGUGAACAAUGAAUGAGUCAAUAUGAAGUGACUAGAGUCCCCUUCCUGUGUCCAAGCCAUUAGUUGGUUAGGGUUUCAUUUUGUUCUUUCUCUUCAGGGGUAAAGAUGACCUUUUGAACCUACAAAAUUUUUAAGUUGUAACAACUUGAUGUCCUACUUUUUCCUUCUCACUAAUGUCAUGGUGAUCAUGUUCUUAUUCCUUGAGACAACUUAUGAAAUAGUGAGGUAAUUUAAAAUUGCCUUUCAUGUUGAAAAGUUUGAAACUGAGAACCCACUGAUAUUUAAAAUAUAGAUUGAAAUAACUGCUGCAUAAGAGUCUCUUUUUAAAAUUUUACCUUUUAAGUUCUUAAUUAAAACAACUUGUUGUAACAUAUUUCCUGUGUUUACUAAAAGCAAUAAUAGAAUAUUAAGUAACACCGGAAUACUUCUGCUGGGCUGAGGUGAAUGAGACUAGGAAUCUGUCCUUUUUCUUCCUUUUAAAACCUAAAAGACUGCUCUAUUUAUGAGGUGUCAAAAUGCUUGUACUCCCCCACUGCCAGAAAAUUCCCAAGUACCUAUAUACAUUUCUUUUAAAGUCUACUAAAAGUAAAAUAGGGUAUAGUUUAUCUGAAUUGCUUGUAAUGUAGUAAGCACACAUUUGUGGUGCUUUUUAUGAAAUAGCUUUGUCAUUGACUCAUCAGAUGUAGAUUACUAGUGAUUUGAAAGCUUUGAACACUUUGAUGAGCAAGUGCUAACAUUUCCACUGAUAAAGUUUAUGUCCAGCAUAGCCUCAGCACCCAAAAGCCCCCUUUCUGUUGUGCAUUUUAGCUGUCUGAGUUUGCAUGACCCAGCUAAAAUAACACAAAGGUGGCUUUUGAGUGCUGAGGCUGUGCUGAACAUAAACUUUAUCAGCAGAAAUGUUAGUACUUGCUCAUCAAAGUGUUCAAAUGUAUUACUGGCAAAGAGGAAGAGGGGCCAAGCAUAUGUUAGAAGUGAAAACAAAUGUCUUGUUGACUGCUUCAGUGAAAAAUAGCUUAGUGGGCAGUUUUACAUUUCACUGGACUAGUUAAAAAAUGGUGCUAAUAUUUAUACAGUCUGAUUCUGUAGUUGGUUUGGGAUCAAACUGCCAAAGCCUGACUCAUGGGUCCUUCCCAUAGUCUUGUGAUGAGUUAAAUAGUAUUUAAAAAGUGAUCCGAAAAGUGUGACCAUGUAUAAUAUUUGAAAUGGACUUUGUGCAAUAGGCUGAAUAGGGAGCUGUCCACUUAGUACCAAAUUCUGUGAGAGGAGCCAUGUCCAGGGCUGAGGCCCAGGCUUCCUCCCAGCCUGGAAAGCCGCUCCUUUAUUAUUCAUUUCCAUUUUGAAAGUCAGGACACCUGCGUGAUACACUAGAGGGCUCUUUUUGGAUUUCUUUAUAAUUAGCAGAACUGUUUUUAAGAGCUGUCCCCCUGUGCUGGGUAUGUAUUUUGAGCACUGCACUCACUUUAACAUUCUGAAGGUACUAAGGCUGGGCACCCACAGUCACAGCGCUCAGGCGGUGGGAACUCGGGGCUGUGUUUUCUAAGAACUGUAUGUUGCUUUUAGCUUGUACUUAAUAUUGCAGUUACUUGGAAAAAUGUGAAUAAAGUUCAUUAAUUCUACAGGCUAAGCUUCUGUUUUGUGGGCAGUAAUUCUGAUUAGUACAUUAAUGGUUGAAGAGAAUUCAAUGAUUAUAUUGACUCCUAAAUGUAUUUUUCAUUAGAUAAAUAUUUAGUAAGGUAUAUUUAGUAAGGUGUAUUACAUCCAGGAAAAGAUACUUUCUGUGUAUACACUUUGAAUUAAACUCCACAUUUUCCCCAGUCUUUCCCUCAUACCUUAUUGCUUUAAAAAUUACAAAAGGGAUAGGGCAUGGACAAAAGUAACUUAAGAGAUUUGUUGUUUAGUUGCAUUCAACUCUUUGUGAACCCAUGCACUAUAGCCCCCCAGGCUCCUCUGUCCAUAUGAUUUCCCAAGCAAGAAUACUGGAGUGGGUUUCCAUUUCCUUCUCUAGGGACCUUCCUGACCCAGGGAUCAAACCCAAGUCUCCUACACUGGCAGCAGAUUCCCCUGAGCCACCAGAGAAGCCCUAACUCAAAGAGAAGUAUAGAGUAAAAAGUCAAAGUUCCUUUCAACACCACCCCCUCACCAAUAUUCUAUGUCCCUUCUUAGAGGAAACCAGACCUUUUUUCUAGGCACUUGGAGGUACAUAUACACUGUUUGUUUUUUCCACAAAUAUGGAAUAAUGCUAUACAUAUUCUGUAACUCCCCAGCUUUCCCUCACCUGCUCUCCUUGUUCACACUGUCCCCCAAUCCUAAUUAGCCAGCCGAGCACCUUUGAGAGUGGGCCACCAGCCAGACCCCUCCUCGGGUCUCAGACGGACCACAAAAUUCUGUACGUGUGAGGCAGGUCCAAAGAGCACUGCAAAAGCUUUGAAGGCUGAACUGGCACUGGAAGAAGCACCCCAGGACUUGGGGCCUGAGCCUAAACAGAUUGAUUACUUGAUAAAACAAAAAUGCCAGCAUACUCCAUAGGACUUGGUUGUAUUUCAUCAUGUAAUACUCAAAAUCCCUAUGAGGCACUCCAAAUUACUCAGCAUAUGAAACCAUGAAACCGGCUGUCAUGGAAAAAGGCAGUCAGUAGCUGCCAUCAUAGACUUGAAGGAAGCUAUUAUUGAAAAGUUCAAAUGAACCAUCACACUCUUGAAAUAAGUAUUAAAAUAGAAAUUAUCAAUAGAGAAAUAGAUAAUAGGAACACCAAGUGACAAUAUUAGAACUGAAAAAUGCUCCAACUGAAAUUUAAAAAAUCUUGCUGGAUAGACCCAGUAACAGGUUGAAGAUGACAAAAGAUAAUAGAUCAAUACAAAUCAUCCAAUCUGAACAACAGAAAAGGGCUGAGGAAAAGUUUUGAGGUUGUGUUAUAGGGAUCAUAGAAAGAUAAGAGAAAGAGUGUAGUGCUUUAAAAUCAUCUGCAGAAAUGAUGGCUAAAAUUCUUCCAGGAGAGCUGAGUGAAGCUGAAACAGAAUAAACCCAAGAAAUCCAAGCCCAGAUACAUCAUAAACUGUCGAAAACUAACAGACAUCUUGAAAGCAGCCAGGGAAAAGUGAGAGAUGACCUACAGGGGAACAAUUCAUAUGCCCAUGCAUUUUUUUCAUCAGAAACUAUGGAGGCCAGAAGUAAGUGGCACAUUUCUUAAAGUGCUGAAAGAAAAGAACUGUCAACUUAGAAUUCUGUAUCCAGUGAAAUAUCCCUCAGGAAUGAAGGUGAAAUGAAGACAUUCUCAGAUGCAGGAAAACUAAGAGAACUGAUAGCCAGAAGACCUGCUUUAAAGAAACAGCCAAAGGAUGUAUUCAGACAGGAGAGAAGUGAUACCAAAGGAGGCUGGGAGCAUGGGGAAUGAGAACAGCAGUUCUAGAAUUUGGUCAUUUGUUCUCAGCCUCAGAAACAGCUCCAGAGCCAGAAAGGUGGAAGGCGUGCCUUGUCAUUCAUAAGCCCCCUUUUCAACACACAUUUUGAAGUGACUUUUGGACAGCCCUAAGAAUGCUGUCUGAUUGCCAGGGAAACUGACUGGGAGGAAAGGGUUGGGACUUUGACUCCAGGGAGGAGAGAGGGGCUGGAGAUUGAGUCAGUCACCAAUGGCCAAUGACUUAAUCACUCUCACCUAUGUGCUAAAGCCUCUGUAAAACCCAGAAGCCCAGGGUUCACAGAGUUUUCUGGUCAGUGAACAGGUGGAGAUGUGAGAACCGUGCCCAGAGAGGAAACUGCACCCUUCCCCCUACCAUGCCCCUACAUGGCUUCCCUCCAGGUGUUCUUGAGUUAUAUCCUCUACAAUAAAGCAGUAAUCAAGUAAGUAAGUUGUUUUUCUGACUUCUGUGAGCUGCUCUAGCAAACUAGUUGAACCCAAGGAGGGGGUCCUGGGAACCUCCAGUUUACAGGUGGUUGCUCAGAAGCACGGGUGACAGCCUGGACCUGUGGUUGGCGUCUGCAGUUGGGAUGGGGGCAGGCUCAUGGGGCUGAGCGCUUAACUCGUGGGAACUGCCACUCUCUCCAAGUACGUUGUCAGAAUUGAGCUGAACUGAAGGACACUUAGCUGAGGCUGAAAAACUGCUUGAUAUGUGGGAAGCCUCUUCUCACCUGGGGUCAGAGUUGGGCAGAGGCGGAAGAGUGUUACAGUGGGGGAGACACAGCAGCGGGUUCUCACUCAGACCCCGACACCAGAGCUUCCCAAGAGAUGAGCAUCUGUGCCGCAGUGAGAGUGUGAGCUGUGCAUGUCCCUAGAAUCUGGCAGACUUGUGGGAAGUGUGGCAGACAGCGUCUCUACAAGCUGACAGGAUGCAAGAUGGGCUGGGGCUCCCUGCACGCAUGGGGAGAGCGGCACUGUCACAGGAGACGCGGUGGCUCGAUGGGCGGGUUUACUCCCCCUUCCUCUGUCCUCUUAGUGCGGUCCCAUAAACUGGUCUUCCAGUAAAAGGGAAAAAGUAAAUAGUUUUAAAAAAAUGCAUGCCAAUCAUCUUAUAAAGUUCUAAGGUUCUUAUAGGCUAGACUCAGGGCCUUUGAUAUAUCGAGUACUCCAUACAUCACAGGAGCCAUUUAAAUCACUGUCUUUAAUAUGGAUUAUACAACAAAAUAAAAAUUAUUACUCUAUUAAAAAAAAUACAAAGCAAAUUUUCCUGAGGCAAAAUAUUAUGAAGGAACACAUCUGACCCCUGAAAGGAGAACUAGACAAAUUUACAAUUAUAGUUAAAGACCUAUCAGUAAUAGAACUAGUAGACAAAAAAUUAGUAAAGCUAUUAGAAGGGCUAGACAAUACCAUUAACCAACUCACUUUUUAGAACACUCUACCCAAAAAAAGAACAAAAAAUUUUCACGUGCACAUGGAACAUUCAUCAAGACAAGUCCAUAUCCUGGUUAUUAAAAUAAUCUUACAUUAAAAAUCAUACAACUCAUGUUUCUUAUAAUGGGAUUAAACUAGAAAUCAGUAAAGAAGGGAAAAUCUCAAUCAGUUGGAAAUUAAAUAACCUGCUCAUAAAUAAUCCACCAAAAAGAUGAUCUCAAAGAGAAAUCAGAAGAUCUUUUAAAUGGGAGAAAAAUUACAACAUUUAAAAAAUUUUGGGCACAGUUAAAGCAGUGCUUAGAAGGAACUGAUUAGCACUGAGAGCUUAUGUUAAGAAAGAUGGUCUCAGCAGUAAUCUAAGCUCCCAUCUGAGACUAGAAAAGAAUAAGCAAAGCAAGACCACAUCUUCAAUGAAGGAAAAAGAGCAGAAAUCAAGGAAAUUGAGAACAAAAACAAAUGAAGCCAAAAGCUGUUUCUUUGAAGAGAUCAAUAAAACUGAUACGCCUCUAGCAAGCUUGACAAAAAAGAACAAGCCAAAGAUUAGCAAUAUCAGGAAUAAAAUGUGGUUAUCUGAAUUUGAAUUUCACUAAACUUAGCCCAAUGCUAACUUUAUGCUUUCUUUUGUUGUUGUUCAGUUAGCUAAGUGGUAUCCUCCUCUUUUUGAGCUUAUGGACUGUAGCACACCAGGAUUCCCUGUCCCUCACUGUCUCCCUGAGUUUGCU